AUGCAGCUCACCUUAGAAGAGAUGUAUUUUAGGUCGGUACUCGAGCAAGUCCAACAGGAAGUGAAUUAUUCUCUCCAAAGCCUGCCAAACUUUAGGGACUCAAUGAUUCGUUCAUCCAAGCAAAUAUCUGAAAGCCUCAUAUCGGAAGAGAAACUUGGAGCAGAGCUCCAGGAAGAUAUGGAUGUCUUGGAGGAUUUUAAGAAAAAGCUCAAUGUACGGGUGGGACGUCAACCAAUAGCAAUUAGCAUUGGAGAAUUGGAAGCGAUAGAGUUAGCUGCCCGCAACAUGAGGGGAAAAUGGGAGGAAAUGGAGAGGAUGUCAAAAGCAGAAGAUGAAUUGCUUGAGGAGGCAUUGCAAGAGGCAGAGAAGUGGUUCCUCGAGGCUGAAGAGAUGUUGCAAAAGGCCCAGAAAGAACGGAGCGACGCGGAGGCAGCAUGGCACGCUGCGGCAUUUGAGUUAACAGACUCGAGAAUCCUUGAUUCGGACGAGGAAAUUGUACCACUUCAGUAG